CACGUAACAACAAUAUAGAUCUAAGUGGGAGAGUCUGCUGAACUUGGGUGGACAUAUAUUGACAGAAGUCUAAAUUUAUGCAUUUGCAGUACAUGUAAAUGAAACUUGAGAAGUUGUUGAGGUCAUGAGAGAAGGAUUUGACAAGGUGCAUUGGCUUUAUUUCCUCCAGAAUUAUCCAGGAAGAUCAGGAAGAAAGUAAAUGAAAACCGUCCUACUUGACAAUGCACAAAUGGAGAAGAGGUUGGCUUUCUGGAUGGAGAGUGGUGCUACUGGGGUGUAUGCUUUGUGCCUUUCUCAGUGGUAUCUUUGGGCUUCUAAAGCCUUUAAAACAUGGAAGAAGAGAGUCCAACCAGAAGAGAACAGGUGAAGUAUUGCACGAAGGCCAGGGUGUUAGAGAAUUGAUAGCAGCUGCAGAUGCAGCUGAAAAAUUAUUAGAUGCAGCCAUGGAGAAAAUAUCAGCUGUGGUUGAAAAAUCAAGUAGUGCACUUCUCACAGAAGAAGAACUGGUUGUGCAUCUACUAACUAGAUCAGGGUUCAGUAUAACCAACAGAAAGUCCCCAUGGGAAAAAAUGAGAGAAAAUUUAGUAGAAGUUGCAGGAAUUCAAAGGAAAGAAAGAGGUUUCCUCACCAUUGGUAUUUCAUCAGUAAAACGAUCAGACAAUGCACAGUACCUUCAUCGAACAAUUCAGUCAGUCAUCAUGGAGACAUCAGAGGAAGAGAAAAAAGAAAUUGUGGUGGUCAUAUUUUUAGCAGACUUCGAUGACAUGUACAAGAACAGAACUAAGACACAAUUGUCAGAAAAUUUCAAAGAAUAUUUAGAUAGUGGAUUUCUUCAAAUUGUAGAAGCUGAAAGAAGUUUUUAUCCUCCAGUUCAUAAGCUGAACCAUAAUUUCAAUUAUUCAAGUAAACUUAUGCAAGAAACCUCAAAGCAUAAUGUUGACCUAGCUUUCAUGUCUUUCUAUGCUUACAACAUGUCUCAGUACUAUCUACACUUAAAUGAUGAUGUUUUAUGUGCUCAGAAUUUCAUUAAAGACAUAAAACAUUUCAUUCAUCAGAUGCAGUCUUACAGUUGGACCAUGUUGCAGUUUUCAUUUCAAAGAUGUUUAGGAAAUUUGUUAAGAUCUGAGGAUCUGCCUCAGUUAGGUCAGUUUCUUCUUCUCUUUUUUGAGCAGCAGCCAUGUGACAGGUUAAUAACACACUUCUUAAAAUCAAAGAAUCAAUUCAAGAGCUUUCUCAAAAGGCCAACUCUUUUUCAGCAACAGGACUUACAAACUAAACAAACCAAUGGAUCAGAUGACGUAAAUGCCAUGCACUUUAAACAAAAAGAUUAUUUGCCUCUUCGUGGAGAAAAUCCUCCCGCUUUAUGUAGUACUAAUUUAAAUGCUGCAUCCCCAAAGCAUGUAUUAAAUCAUGCUUACUUGAAUGAUGGCAAUUUCUUUUGGGCAAAAUCACCAAAACGUGAUGGUUACAUCCUAGUAAAAUUCCUGGAGUUGCAAAGAAUAUAUGCUGCUGAAGUGUACACUGGCCAUGUCCUUUACAAGGAUGAUUUUUUGUAUAAUGGCAUCAUUGAAGUUGGCAAAGCUAGUCCUGAGAGUAGAAACAUCACAAAAAAUGCUUCAGCCGAGUUGAAUCCGUUUGCAGUUUGUGGGGAGUUUGUGGCCAUAGGAAAAAUAAACAGCCCUUUCUUUUAUUACAGGGAUAUGUCCAAACAUUUGGAUUUCCCUGCUGCUUGUGUGAGAAUAACAAUAAUUGAGAAUCAACUUAAUUGGCUUAUUAUUCAGAAUAUCAAAAUUGAGUCAGAGAAUGCUAAAUCUGUAAACUAGAGGUUCAAAGAGGGAGAGGUCAACUCUAGAGUUCUUACAACUUACCAACUGUGCAAUGCAACACCUUGUUAUAUGCAUGUAUCAGUUAGGCAUAUAACACGAAAAUGUUCAUUUUGAGCUGAAAUUUAAAAUGGAUGAAGUAGAUUUGUGGGUAAACAUAUCUCAAAUGCUUUGUUUGUGCAUAAUAAAAUUGAUGUUAAACUUGUAAAAAUAUGCCAGUUUUAUAUACUGACAGUCAUUGAAAACACAU